UGGCUGCAGGGAGCCUCUCUGGGCUGGGGGUGUCAGGCAGGUCCUGGCAGGGGGGAGCCUUGCAGGGCUCAGCCUCACUGCCCCCUCCCUACAGAGAUCCGCCGCAGGGGCUCCAAAGAUCCGCUGGUCAAGGCCAUCCUACUGCUGGAUGAGCCGAGCGAGAGUGGGGCCAAGCCGGAGAGUGGGGCCAAGCGCCCCGGGGCCAAGGAGCCGCCAGGGAAGGGCCCACAGCUGUACGACACACCCUACGAGCCUGGGGAGGGAACGCCAUGGCCUGAAGCCCCCAUGCCUGACAGGAAGGCAUGGGGGGCGGCUGAGAGCCGGCUGCCGGAGAAUGAUGAGCGCCCAGCGGGCGAGUAUGAGCAGCCCUGGGAGUGGAAGAAGGAGCAGAUCGUCAAAGCCCUGUCGGUCCAGUUUGAGGGCCCCAAGGACGAGGCACUCCGGCAGCACCAUCGCCAGAAGAGCUGGGCCCCCAAGAUGCUGAAGCCAGUGACCCCAGAGCACAGCGAAGGCGAGCGUGUGGACCCUGCGCUAGCACUGGAGAAGCAGCCCUGGUACCAUGGAGCCAUCACACGGGCCGAGGCUGAGAGCCGGUUGCAGGCCUGCAGGGAGGCCGGCUACCUGGUGCGGACCAGCGAGACAGGCAGCGGCAAGUACUCCAUCGCUCUCAAGACCAGUCAGGGCUGCGUCCACAUCAUUGUGGCCCAGACCAAGGACAACAAAUAUACGCUGAACCAGGCCAGUGGCGUCUUCGGCAGUGUCCCUGAGGUUGUGCACCACUACUCCACUGAGAAGCUGCCAUUCAAGGGGGCUGAGCACAUGGCGCUGCUCUACCCCGUGCACAGCAAGCUGCACUAGUGGCUGGGCCUGCGGCCCCCCCCACCCGUAUGGGGCUUAGACAGACAUGGAGCUUGGAGAUGGGCUGCCCCCUGCCCUGGCACCGUUGGUCUCCCUGCAACCAGGUCCCAGCUGCCCACAUGGAGGAGGCAUAGACCUGACCCCAGGAGGCCCUGACAGAAAGCAGGAGCUGCUCAUCCUGACUGGGAACAGCUUAGGCCAGAGGGUGGCUACCUGGCACCAGAGCUGCGCAUGUCAGCACAGCCCCUAGCGCUGAGCCCCAGGGUUUUUUCCCAGCCUCCAGCACACAAAGGAAGGAUGGAUUUAACUCCUGGACACAAGGCGACAGGGCCAGACACUGCCCUUGCACCCCCAGCUCCACUCUGGGUGCCCCAGGCAGUGGGCCUGGCCCCCUGCAGUGCAUGAGCCAAUGCUGCCACCUCGUGGCUCCAACCCGGUCCAGGGCCAGGCCCAGCCCCAUCUCCAUCUGCAUCACUGCAGCGCUGCGCUGUGCCUAGGCAGAAGAGGCAGCGAUCGCUGGAGGGGGCAGGGUCCAGGGUUGCUCCAGCCUCAGCAGCGGCUGAGCUGCUUCUCUCCUGUCCCCACAUGCGUGCACCUGCAGUAGCACCAGCGGCCCACUGUAUUCAUGGCUUCGGCUGUGAGACUCACGUGGCCGCACAUCUGGGCCUGCCCCAGGGAUGAGACCUGGACCACUGCCCUGCUCUGCUCACCUGCCCUGGACAUGGGGAGCAGGGAGCUCACCCAGGGCCUGUGGGAUCUUGCCCCCCCUACCCAGCCCACGGGCACAUUGCCUGCAGCCCAGCCACAGGUGCUACGGGCUUGCUCGGGGCCUGCAGUCUAGUUGGCAGGAAGCUGAAGGAUGGACAGGGCAGCAGCCUGGAGCAAAAUAAAUGUCACUGUGGACAAUG